AAUUGACGGAUUACAUUCUGAGUUCACUUCUUAGCUUUCUUUAUUGUUAUGCAAUUGUAUCCCAAUACUUCUUGCAUAUAAUUGAUCACUGUUUCACCAGAAUCUAAUUCACUCGGCAAUCAGCCUUGUGUGUGUGUCUCUCUCUUUCUCUCUCUGCCCCCAUGGCUGAAACAGCUCCACUGGUUGCCACCCAAGCAUCUCCUACAACACCAUCCAAGAGAAUAACUAGCAUCAUCAAACUACUAGCUGAGUCACCUGGUCUCACCAACAUCCCAUCCACUCACACUUUCACCCUCAAUUCCCAUGACCAAGUAGUUUCAGACACAGAAGAGCCUGUUCCUGUCAUAGACUACUCUCUUCUUAUUUCAAGUAGUCCUGAUCAACGGUCCAAAAUCAUUCAUGACCUUCGCAAAGCAUGUCAGUAUUGGGGCUUCUUCAUGGUGAUCAAUCAUGGAGUACCAGAGAGACUAAUGAGAUCAAUGAUUGAUGCAUGUAGAGAAUUUUUUGAUCUGCCGGAGGAGGAGAAGCAGGAGUAUGAAGGUAAGCAUGUAUUAGACCCAAUACGGUGUGGCACCAGCUUUAAUACUUCAGUGGAGAAGGUCUUUUGUUGGAGGGAUUUUCUCAAGCUCUUUGUACAUCCCGUGUUUCACUCACCCAGCAAACCUGCUGAGUUCAGUGAGAAUCUGUUAGAAUACUCCAAAAGAGUAAGAGAAGUAGCAAGAGAAUUACUAAAAGGGAUAUCAGAGAGCUUGGGAUUGGGAACAAAUUACAUAGACAAAGCACUGAAUUUGGAGCAAGGCCUACAGGUCAGUAUAGCAAACUACUACCCACCUUGCACACAACCAGAACUUGCAAUGGGCCUGCCCUCUCACUCGGAUCAUGGCCUCUUGACCAUUCUAAUACAGAAUGGAGUUAGUGGCCUUCAAGUGCAACACAAAGGGAAGUGGGUCAAUAUGAAUGGCUACCCCAAUUCCUUUCUGGUUAACACAGGAGAUCAUCUUGAGAUUUUGAGUAAUGGAAAGUACAAGAGCGUUGAACAUCGAGCGGUUGUGAACAAGAAAGCUGCAAGAAUAUCCUUAGCCAUGGCACAUGGACCUUCACUAGAUUCAGUCGUUACUCCUGCACCAGAGUUGCUAGACCGAGAAGGGAAUGCACCAGCGUAUAUUGAAAUGAAGUAUGGGAAAUACUUGGAGCUUCAGCAAAGCAGCAAGCUGGAUGGGAAAUCCUGCUUGGAUCAAGUACGAAUUUGAGGUCUAGCUGCCAAAGUAUUGAAGCCUGAUGGUGUUGGGAGUUUUCCAAAAUAAUUGUUACUUGUAUCUUAAACUAUGGUGUUUCUUUGUGACCUGAACUUUAUAUUUCGCCAAGAGAAAUCCAUACAUUCGUACAAAGAA